AUGAGAUUCAAUUAACCGACAUAGAUAUUGUUUAAUUUGUAAUCAUAGUAGGCUAUUUUAAUAAAAGAUGGAAGAUGGAUCAUAGAGUAUGAUUAUGGGUUAUUAUGUGAAUUGGGAAGAAUUGAUAUAAAAUUUAAAGAGUCUAAGCCAGGUAUAAAUAUAACAUAUUGCGAUAAAUUUGAAGUAAUAUAAUUAGAUCAUUUAAUAGAUUUACUUUAUUCUCUAUGAAGGUUUGUAAUUAUAUAUAUUAAAAAGAAAGAUGAUUUUGUUAAAUACUAUAAAGUUUGAUUCAAAAUAUACAGUUGGACUUCAUUAUUUUAAUGGUCAUCUAUUGCUAUUAGGAUUGGAAGGUAAAAUGUUUAAUUGAAUAUAGAAAUUGAUUUAUUAAAAUUCGAAUUUAUAAUCAAGAAGAAAGACCCAUAAAUUUAAAGUGAAGUAAAGAUGACUAAAUAAUUUAAAUAAAAUUCUAAGUUUACUAAAUUUGAUUAAAGAAAUUAAAAAAUUGAAUAAGAAAAACUUCCAGAAAUUAAAUAAUAAUAACAACUAGAUGUUGAUUAUAAAAAAGAAUAAAAGAAAAUCAAAUCUUCUAAUUAAACUAAUAGAAUAUAAGAAGAAGAUAAAUGUAAAUAUUUAGCUAAAGAUAAUUUUGAUAUAGCUUAUGUUAGUAAAAAAUCUGUUUAUAAAAAAAAAAGUAAGGAAGAAAAAAAUAAUGAGGAUAAAGUUAAGGAAGAAAAAAAUAAUAUAGAAAAGAUUACUGAAGAAAAUAACAAUGAUGAAAAAAAUAAAAAAGAAAAAAAUAGUAAGGAUAAAAAAAGCAAAGAAAAAACAAAUGAAGAAUGGAUACUAGGAUUUUAUAUAAAUGAAGAUUAUUUAUUUUUUUGGACUCAUAAAGACUUAACCAUUAUGAAAUAGAAAAUGACAGAGUAGUUGUAAAAAGAAUGGGAUAAUUAUAAUAUUUAAGGAUUCUCUAAUUGGUUUAAUCGUGUUAAAUUGUAAAUUAAUGAUUAAUCAGAAGCAAAUUAUAAUACAAUAUAAACAACAACAUUUUAAUUAGUAUAAAAAUAUCAUGAUCUUACAAAAAAUGAAAAUUUGUUAACUUCAAUUUUACAUUUUAUAGAAUUUAGAUAUUUUGUAGUAGGUUUUGAAACAGGAUAAUUAAAAUUAUGGAAGAUUAGUUCAGUAGUAAAGAAAAGUGAAUUAUUAGUUCAUUCUUAUGAAGGUCAUUCAAAAAAAAUAGAAUCUUUAGUUAGGAGUAAAAAUGAGAAGAUGUUUUGGAGUUAAGGCUAAGAUUUUAUAAUAAAAUUAUGGGAUUUAUAGGUAUUAUUAAAUAAUUUAAUAGUUAUCUUAAAGUAAUUUACAAAUGUAUAUACAGUAAAUAUAGUCGGGAUUUAUUCAAAUUUAUAAUUAUUAACAAGAAGUCGAUUUUUAUUGUUGAAUGACUACGAAAUGUUUAUUGGGUACUUAAAUAACAAUUUAAAAAUAUUUAAAACAAUAAAUUCUAAAAUAGUAUCAUAUUACAAACAUAAUGAUAAUAUACUUUUAGCACUUGAUAAUACACCAGGACUAUCAAUAUCUGAAAAUAGUGAACCUAUUAUAUUAUACCCUCCUCCUAAAUCUAUGGAAGUGAGAUAAAUUGUUACUGAUGGUCUAUUAUACUUCAUGUUAUUAGAAACAGGAAUGUUAUUUAUAAAUUCUAAUCAGACUUCAAUUUAAUGUAUUUAAAGUGAAGAAAUUAUGGAUUUUGAUGGUUAUCAUAUGGUUUAAGUAAUAAUUACAGUAUUUCUUCCAAAAAAAAUUAAAUUACCAUCUUAUGAUGCUGAUUUUGGUUAAUCAAGGGAUUAAUAAUGUUAAGAAUAAUUAAUUUUUGGUAUGUCAAAAGGAUCAGUUAUUGCAGUAUAAAAAAAUAAUCCAAAAAAAAUAUUUGCUAGAAUGAGUUAUCAUAGAGAAAAAGUAAUUAAUAUUGCUGAAAUUGAUAAUUAUUUAUUUACGUAUUGUUCUGAAGGAUUGUUAAAAUUAAUUGCAAUUACAGAAAAAUAAAUUAAGUGUAUUAGAUCUUUUAAUUCUAAUUAAUAGAUAGCAUAUUUUACUACUAUUCAUAAUAAGGCUUUAUUUUUUAAUUAUAAAGGUCCAUUUCAAAUAUUUAAAUUUAAAAAUGAAUAAUUAUUUUUGCAUAGUGAUGAAAAAGGAAAUGAUCAUGAACAAUUAGUUUUAUCUGUUGAUUAUUAAGAGAAAAACAAAACUUAUUUAACUGCUGCAUCAGAUGGAAAGAUUAUGUUAUGGUCUUCUAGAAAAAUCUUAUUGAUUUAAUUAAUCUUAGAAGAUAAUUUAGAAGGAGCUUGGAUUCUAAAUUAAAAUCUUUUAAUAGCUCAUUGUGGAAAAGUAUAAUAUAAUCGUAUUCUAGCUAUCAUUUAUAUCUCAAGAAGAUUGUAAAUUUAAUACAAUUAAUUAUAACCAAACAAAGUAGAAAAUUGAAUAAGAAAUAAAAUUUGAAGAUUACUAUCAAUUAAUAAAGAUUUAAUAAUAAUCUUUAAAACAAUAGGCAGAUACUAAAGUCUUUUAAUAAUAAGAAAUAUUAAAUAAAUAAUAAAAUAAAUUGAAAAAUAGAGCUUCUGUUUAAUAUGUAGCUGGUAAAAUAUAUUAUGAAGAAAACAAUAAACCUAUUAUUUUAUAUAAAGGAAAAGAUUCAGAUUUAGAUUCUUCUAAAAAUUCUUCUAUAUCAAGUAUUUCCUAUCAAGAAUAACCUUAAUCUUAUUAAUAAACAUAAUAAUAAGUAAUUAGACCAAAAAAAUAAAAAGAUCUUCUCCAUGAUUGGGAAGGAUUAUAAGAAUAUGAAGAGAGUAGGAAAAAUAGAUUCUAACCAAUUUAAGCAUUGCCAAAAUUACUUUUAAAUUCAGUUGAUAGAAAAUAACCUUCACGUUAAAGAAUAAUUAGUAGAAGAGAUUUAACACUUUAAAGAAUUAUUUUGUAAAGCAUUAACUAGUGA